GAUUUCCCCAAUGCCAGCGCCGGCAGACAGCAGGAAAAGGCCGGUCGGAAAGUCUCUUGCGAGAGAACCGGUUCCCCGGAAAUCGCUCGAUACUUUUGGUCAGAGAACUUCUCAAUAUCGUGGUGUUACUAGGCAUAGAUGGACAGGAAGGUAUGAGGCCCAUUUAUGGGAUAACAGUUGCAGAAAAGAAGGACAGACAAGGAAAGGAAGGCAAGUAUAUCUUGGUGGGUAUGAUAAGGAAGAGAAAGCGGCAAGGGCUUAUGAUUUAGCUGCUCUAAAAUAUUGGGGACCAACAACCCAUAUAAAUUUUCCUCUUAGCACUUACGAGAAAGAGCUCGAAGAGAUGAAAACCAUGAACAGACAGGAAUUUGUUGCCAACUUAAGAAGGAAAAGCAGUGGGUUUUCGAGAGGGGCGUCUGUGUACAGAGGAGUGACGAGACACCAUCAGCAUGGAAGGUGGCAAGCUCGAAUUGGUAGGGUUGCAGGCAACAAGGACCUCUACCUCGGUACUUUCAGCACGCAAGAGGAAGCAGCAGAAGCCUACGAUAUCGCGGCAAUAAAGUUCAGGGGAACGAGUGCCGUGACGAAUUUCGACAUAAGCAGGUACGAUGUGCACAGGAUUUGCUCCAGCUCCACCCUGAUUGGAACCGACCUUAAAAAACGUUCCCCAAAAGACCAUUCCACCAGCGCUGCUGCCGGCGCCGCCACUCGUCACUCCCUUAACGACCACCAGGAUUUUAAUUCAUGUUCUGCUUCAUCACCCUCCCCUCAUCCCCAACCUCUUCUCGCGAUAUCAUCCAACGGCGACGGUGGCGAUCAGCAUUCACCCGAUGAAUUAAUGGCUGAUCAACUAAUGGUGUGGAGUGCUCCUGCCAGUGCGGUCAAUGAACAUCAGCCCCAUGAUCAUGAGACCGCGAUGAAUGUCAAUGGCGAGUCUCUCGCUCCGAAAUGCUCCCUUGGUAAUUACUCUCAAGGGUACUUCUCGCUGCAGGCUCCCAAAUACGAAGAAGAUGUUCACAGUAGGACUCAUGCCUUGCAAGCCAGUGGGGAUCGGCUGAGAGAUCUGGAAAUGCUUCGUCGCCAGCAGCAUCAGCAUCACCAGGUCCCUAUGUUUGCACUGUGGAAUGAGUGAAUGAGCAAAUUCAGGUGUUUGAUAAAUUAGAUGGCUCACAAUCGUAGAAGGAAUUCCCAAAGCUAAGUAGCUAGCCAUACAUAUAUAUAUAUAUGAAACGUGCAUGCAUUGGAUGAAGUUGCUUCAAGUUUUCCUCGUUAAUUUUGA